UAUAUAUUUUCUCUCUCAGCUGAGUGUAAAUGGUUAUGUGGCAUUCUACGUUCCAAAUGUCAAUGAUGAAAUACCCAACCCACACAUUGGCAAGGACAUGAUCGCUCCACUGUGGACUAAUCUAAAUGUUAAGAAAGCAGAAAAGUGGACUUAUGAGCAGACAAAAAAAUCUCUUAAAAUUCAAGCUACGAAAAUGAUUAACAUAUUUUACCCUAAUCUUAACUUUUCUGCUUCCUGGGUUUUUGUCACCACUUGGUGGAAUAUUCCCAUUGAAUCAUGUUCAAAGGUAAGGGUUAAUGCAAAUGAUUCAGUUAAACAUUUGAAAUCCUGACAGGGAAAUUUUUUGUUUGGUCGUCAAAAAAACAGCAAUAAACUACUGUAAAUUAAUAAAUGAUCUCUAAAAUCUACAAUCCUAAAAAACAAAAAACUUUCUCCAUCAGAAUACUAGAUUCCAGUUGGCUUUGAUAUCAGAUGAUAAUGAUCGUUCUUUCAUGGUGAUGUGGUAUGAGUAUGUUCCAUAUAUUCCCUCACCUCACUGGCUGGCUGGAUAUGAUGUGAAAAACAGUGACUUUGUCAAGAUUCCAGUAAAUGAUUCUUCUCAACUGCCUUUAACUAGUAAUGUUAACAUCCCCGGUUACUGGGCUUUUGCAGUUCCUACUUUACCUACAGACAGCAGCAAAUCAUCGCCGCCACUGUCAGAUUCACCAGAAGUGAUUCAAGAUUUUGAUGGAGGUUAUCAAACAAUUCAGCUGCAGCAACCCAUUGUGUAUGCUGGAAGAACGUACACUGAGCUGUAUCUGAGUGUGGACGGUUAUGUGGCUUUCUUUGUUCCAAAUAACGAUGAUGAAAUACCCAAUCCAAAACUUGGCAAAGAUGUCAUUGCUCCCCUGUGGACUGAUCUCGAUAUUAAUAAAGGAGGAACCUGGACCCAUGAGCAGGCAACAAGUGGCAGUCUUCUAAAUUCAGCCACACAAAUAAUAAAAGUAUUUUACCCCAAUCUUAACUUUUCUGCUUCCUGGGUUUUUGUCUCCGCUUGGUGGAAUGUUCCAACUGAAUCCACAUUAGGGAAUGCAACAUUUCAAUUUGGCUUGAUCUCAGAUGUUAAUAACUAUUCUUUCAUGGUGAUAUGGUAUGGGCAUGUUCCUUCUAUUCCCUCAUCUUACUGGCUGGCCGGCUAUGAUGUGGAAAACAGUGACUUUGUCAAGAUUCCUGUAAAUGAUUCUUCUCAACUGCCUUUAACUAGUAAUGUCAAUAUCCCUGGUUACUGGGUUUUUCCUGUUCCUACUUCACCUACAGCGCCUUGUCAAAAUUUAAGCUGUGCAUGGGAUGAAGUUUGUAUACAGCUUAAUGGAGUUUAUGGCUGUGGCUGUUCGGUAAACAAUGGAAGGCCUAACCAGGACACCUUUGAUGCUUAUGAAACAUGUUCAGGCAGUGCUGGAUCACUGUCUCUGUCUCGCUGUCAGCUCUUUGAGGCUGGAUACACUGCAGAUUCUCUUCACCUUAAUGAUCCAAACUGCAAAGGGCGACUCCAGGGUGACAGGCUGGUGUUCAGCUUUGACAGUAAUGCCAACAUGUGUGGCACAACUUUGACGAAUAACCGGACACACAUUAUCUAUGUCAACAAUGUUGGAACAACUGAUGGGAAAGGUGUAAUCAGUCGUGUUUCUGGGCUCAACCUUGCCUUUUCUUGUGUGUAUCCACUCAUCCAAAGCGUCUCCAUUCCCAUGGCCAUCCAAGUGUUGGGAGGUGUCAUUAACAAGGAACUGUCUAGUGUGGGCAAUUACCAGAUGACCAUGGUCCCGUAUCCCAGUUCAUUGUUCCGAGAGCCAUAUCAUAGCAAUGUGACCCUAGGAGUAAACCAGACGCUCUAUAUUGCUGUGCAAGUGGAUCAGUUUAACAAGACUAAGAUCGCUCUUGUGAUGGACCGCUGCUGGGCCACACCUCUCAACCAGACUGACUAUAACAUCUAUUGGGAUCUGAUUGUUAAUGAGUGUCCGAACCCUGAGGAUGGCACGGUUGAGGUAUUGCAGAAUGGUGUGUCAACAUCCAGUCACUUUUCAUUCAGGAUGUUCAUGUUCACUGGCUUCCCCAACAACCACAUCUACCUGCACUGCAAGGUCCAUCUGUGUCUGGUGGAGUCAGGCAAAUGUGCUUCGCCAUGUAAUGGAGAACUUUCCAGGAAAUGCCGAUCUACUGAUUUCUAUGACUCGGCUGAAAUUACAGUGGGAUUCUGAUUUGUUUUCAGUCUAUGUAGCUAAACACAUUUUUUUGUUUAUUGCUUUGCAUUAAAAAAUAAUUAUAAAAUAACUGAUGCUGACAGCACGGUAGCUUAGCACUAUUGCCUUGCACCUCCAGGGUCUGUUGCUGGCCUUAGGGUUCUGUUUGGUGCUUGGUGGGUACUCCGGUUUCCUUCCACACCCCUAAGAAAUGCUGAUUAGGCUAAUUGGCAUUCCCAAAUUGAAUAUAGUGUGUUCAUGAGUGUGUCAUGUGUACUUGUGUAAAUCUCCUGAGAUAGGCUCCAA